AACAUUAUGGCUCUUCACAGCCUACAUGACACGAACCUUCCCCAUCAUCGGCGGCAAGACGAUCUGUCUCGUGAUCGCACACCCGGACGAUGAGGCAAUGUUCUUCUCCCCGACACUCCGUCGCCUGACCGCGCCCGAGCUCGGCAACAUCGUGUUGAUACUCUGCUUCAGUACCGGCGACGCCGACGGCCUCGGCGCCAUCCGCCGGAAGGAACUCACGGAGAGCGCGCUACAACUUGGGGUGCGCGAGGCGCAACAUGUGAUCUGUCUGGACCAGCCGGAGGAUUUCCCGGAUUCGAUGACGGCGGUGUGGGACGCGGAGCGCGUCGCGCAGACGUUGGGGUUGUAUGUGUUGCCGCCCGCGGUCUCGGGUGAGAAUGGCGGCUCGAGUUCUGCUCCUUCGGCAGGCAGGAAGAAGGGGGACAAGACUCCCAAUGUGGAUGUCUUGAUCACGUUCGACCAACACGGCGUCUCGAGCCAUCCGAAUCACAUCUCGCUCUAUCACGGCGCGCUCGGAUAUGUUCGCGGAUUGAGGAAGGCUCGGCGGCAAGCUGGAUCAGUAUCGCCAUCCUCAGAGAUGCAACUUUAUACGCUAACGACGACUUCCGCUGUACGCAAGUACAGCAGCCUACUCGACGCAGUGGCCACCAUGACGGUGAUGCUUUGGCGGCGGAAGGAGCGAGGGGAGUUUCCCUCGCCGCUGCUGAUGGUCAGUGGGGUGGAGGACUAUCGGAAAGGACAGCGGGCAAUGACAACCGCGCAUAAGAGCCAGAUGCGGUGGUUCCGGUGGGGCUGGAUCGCAAUCUCGCGGUAUAUGAUUAUAAAUGACCUUGUGAAGCAGAAAGUGGCAUAG